CCUCGUCCAUCGUCCAUCGUUCACCCUCGUACUCGUCCCCCGUCGUCCCCGCCCUAAUCCUCCCCCAUCCACGCCACCAUGGCGUACGCGACCCCCUCCCCCACCCUCUUCGUCGGCAACCUUGCCACAAAGACCAAAAAGCCCGAACUCCGGUCACAGCUCUACGCCCUCUUCACCCCCUACGGCAGAGUGAUCGAUGUCGUGGCCAAAAAGCACGACGGCGGACGCGGCCAAGCGUUCAUCGUGUAUGACGAGGUCGCGAGCGCCACCGCUGCGCUGCGCGCCCUCUCCGGCGAGCAGUUCUACGAGCGCGCGUUGAACAUCACGUACGCGCGCACGGCGUCACAUGCUACCCUCGCGCUGGAUGAUCCUACCUUUAGCAAGGAGGCGAUUGCGAUCAAGGCUGCGCGGGGAGUGUUGGACUCGGCCCGGGGCGAGUAUGAGCAGCUUGCCAACGAGAAGCGGCCGCUGGAUGAAGGCGAGGAGCUCCGGACAGCUAAGCGUGCCAAGAUCGAGGACGACGACGAUAUGGAGAUUGAGAUGGAGGACGAUGAGGAUGUCACCGGCGAGGGCAUCGCCGUCGUGUGCACAAAUCUUCCCGCAGAGUGCAAUGAGGACAUUAUGGGCGCCCUCUUCUCCCAGUAUCCUGGGUUUACACGCGCGGUUGUCUUUUCUGGACCAGUGCCGUCGUCGCACCCCCCACCGAACACAGGCGCAAAGUCGUUCCGAGCACUGUUUGGGUCGCGCGCAGAGGCCGAGGCCGCAGUGGCUCCGUUGAAUGGCUACUUGAUGCAGCCAGGGUGGGAAAUGGCAGUCUCGAUUCAGGCCUAGCGCGUUCCAGUUUAGACGACUGUAGACGGUCAGAUGGUCAACUCUCUCUCCUACUCAGACCUACUCAGACUCUAGAUUCAUGCAUCAGUGUAUUUUCGU